AUGUUGUAAUCGUUCUUCAUAGCUCUCAAGCAUGUUUUGAUUAAGACUUGUGUGAAAAUAAGGUAUCUCUAACAUGUAAAUUUAUUUCCAGAUGUGUGAUUUUACAGGAGCGAAAAGAGCAAUAAAUUGAGGAUUCCAGAGUUAAUAAUAAUAUCAUUGAGAGGCUAAACGAUCAGCUGCAAAAAGUCGUGCUCAAGAAAAAUCUGUUAUUACUAGAAUAAUAGCAAGUAUUACAAACUCUAUGUGAAUUAUAAUUAAGUUGA